GAUCGCGUUCUCUUCUCUUGUAGUUUUCCGUACUUUGAGCUUAUUUUAUUAAUCAUUAUUUAUUUAUGAAUUGUUUAUUCGAAAACCUAAAUCUCCAGCAAUGUAAAUUCAUCCAGUGUACUGCAUUUUAUAAUGAAACGUUGAGCUGAAAUUCGUAAUUUCCGUCUACUUAAGUACUUAUAAGGAAUGAAAUUUUCGUACUGUCUUCUGUAUUUUCAUUGAUAACAACCAAAAUGAGUCAAAUUUGUCGGUAUUAUUUAAAAGGCGCAUGUCGAUAUGGAAAUUCGUGCCAUUUCAUUCACGAGAACAAUCAUUAUUCCAAAAAUAACAGAGACUAUUCAGAACAUUCCUAUGGAUAUAAUCGAAACAACUACAACGAAAGCUACUUUUCUUACGGAAAUCGUGAUUCUCAUUCUUCGUAUGAGCCUGCUCGCAAUUACAACAAAAAUUAUAACCGAUAUCAUGUGGAUCAUAGGCAACAAUCUCAACCAACUGAAAUCAAGCCUGAGGAUAUUACUCCGUCGCAGUUCGUUGAUUUAAUUAAAACCGAAGUGAAACAGUUUGAAGAUAGACAUGUAUGGAAAUUAUCUGUGAUAUCACCGCUCAAAUAUUUCGGCAAUAUACCCGGUUUUCAGGAUUAUUCGCCGGAAGAAAUAAGAUACCAAUUUUAUAUGGCUUCGAGUAAUAACACGUUACAUGAAUUUAAAAGAACAAUGGACGAAUUACGAGAUAAUCUCAUUUUAAGUUGUCAGCGAGUGAACAACAGUGCUUCGGCGCAUAAUAUAGCGAAACAAAUGAUGUCUGGCAACUCGACUGAAGAAACUGUGAAUUCGUUUCCAACGUCUUCUGCGUCAUCAUCAACUUUCAAGUUUGAUAUCAACCAGUUGCCUAAACAAAGUGCAGAAUUUGCUCCACAACAAUCUGUUCCUCAGUCAACUGCACUCAGCUCGUUUUCUUUCGCGAAUCCUCCUUCUUUCAAUACUGCUAAUAACGCUCAGUUCAACAGCAUUAAUCCUCAGUCUUUUCCCACUGAGCCUUCUCAAGCUAACGCUCAAAUGAAUGCUUUUUCUUUCAAUAGUCAAUUCGUAUCGACAGCGCCAGCAGCUGCUUCGUUUCCUGGUACAUCGCAGCAAUCACAACCUCCAGUAAAUGAAAAUAAUCCGUGUUAUUCGAGAAUUGAAGAAUUAUCGUCUGAGAAGCUACAGGCUUUUCGAGAUCCUACGUUCAAAUAUGGUUAUAUACCGUUGCAGCCUCCUCCUAAAGAAUUAUGUAAUAGAUCAUCGUAUUAAUUUAUAAAUUUUUUGAUACUGUCGUGAUAUUAUCGUUUAUCAUUUUUUCGAAUCGUAAAUUGUGUAUAAUUUAUAAUAAAUUUUUUGUUACGUUGUCAGUA